AUGAACGCCGAGCCCACACCAUGCGGGGGAACGAGCGACCCGCCCUACUCCGUUGCUGCUGGGUCAUUUCAAGACGCAAGCCACAACGACGGUGGAGAAGACAUUGCGGCUUUUCCCCUAUGGCUCCCGCCCGAGUCCUUUCUCGACGAGCUGCUCCGCGCUAGCGCCGUUACUGACGACGUUGCAACAGUACCGACGACGAAUGACGACAGUGUCCAUGGGAUCGCAGCUCAUGCCGAACGCUCCCUGGACGACGACGACGACAUGACUAUGAGACAAGGCACGCUCCGUGUGUGCCUUGCAGACGGAUGCCAGCGCUUCGCCCAGAUGAACCAGCUUUGCUACCGCCACGGAGGGCGACGCACGUGCCAAAUCGAAGGAUGCGGCAAGAAGGAUCGCGGCAACGGCCGCUGUGUGCGUCAUGGUGGAGGCGAAAAGUGCCUGGCGCCAGGGUGCACUCGCCACGCCCGCGCUCGUCGGUAUUGCUAUCGACACCGCGCCUUCGCCCACGACGGCUGA